AUGUGUGGCUCCUCUCAAGGCUUCACAGCCUCCUCCUCCUCCUCCGCUCAGUGCACCACAGCCAUGUUGACCCCAGAAAGGUCACUGCAAAGCGCCGGGGUCUCCGCCACCGCGAUGCCAGAGACACAGGAUGUGGACAUGACCUCCUGGAGCGAGGCGGACUUUGAGGAGAAGUGCACUUACAUGGUGAAGGACCAGCCUCUGGAGCAAGCGUCCUCCGACCACGGCAGGACGCGAGCCGAGCGAUCCCUCCCCAGGAACCUGGCCCUGAAGCGCGGCCACAACUCAGCAGAGGUGCUCGGGGUGAGCGGCAAGGAGCUGAUUCCUAAGGGGACGCGUUUCGGCCCCUUGGUGGGGGAGAGCUACACCAGCGACAUACUGCUGACGGGCGCCGACAGGAAGUACUUCUGGAGGGUGUUCUCGGAGGGGCGCUUGCACCACAUCCUGGACGGCCUGAACGAGGAGCGCAGCAACUGGAUGCGCUACGUCAACCCGGCCUGCAGCGCACAGGAGCAGAACCUGGUGGCGUGCCAGAGCGGUUUGGACAUCUACUUCUACACCAUCAAACCUCUUCAGCAGGGCCAGGAGCUGCUGGUGUGGUACUGCCCGGAGUUUGCCCAGCGCUGCAACUACCCUCCCCUGGGCCAGCUGCCCAUGGACAACAAUGAACAGAGACGGGCGCAGGAGAAGACGACGGCGAAACGAGGACACAGCGUUUCGGAAAUCCUCCGAGACGAGCCCUCCAGGUCCCUGACUUCCUGUCCCAGACGUCUGGAGAGUGCUCUGUCUCCGCCAAACCGCUCGGCAGUUUUUCCCUUGUGUCCUCGAGUUGUCUACCCAAUCCCGACCACCUCAGAAUCCAUCCACGGGCACCGAUACGCGCCUCUGCCGCCCCUGCCGACCUGCAGCCCGGCCGCUGCCAAACGUCCAGCUCUGAGUCGCCCUGUCCCCUCCAUGGUGCACUUGAGCUUUCAGCACAGUCAAGGCCACGCUGCAGCCAAACCUUACCACGAGCCCACCGUGCCGGACCCCGCUCUGAGGCACGCUCCCUAUUAUCUGCCUCACUAUUCCCUCGGCCCGAACGGCAUUCUACCUCAUCCGUACUCUUUCUGCAGUGAUCGACUGAAACCACACGCAACGCUCUCAUCUCAUCUACUACCUUUCGACAGCUAUGCACACCUCCUGCGUCCUCUAGCCAACAGACACAAAGACUUGUCACUUGCACAAUCCGCCAAACGAGACCUCAUUCUUUCACAGACCAGUGAACACAACAACAACAAGGACCUUACAUCCAGCUACCUCAGGACCCCCUCAGACGACCUCACUGUGCCCACCACAUCCGGGGCCUCAUCCAUGGUCACCUCUCUCCGCGGAGCAUUGCCCUCCCUUGCACCCGGAGGAUGCUCACCGCUGGUGGGCAUGGCGGCCUCCUCAGACUGCCUCCCUUCCAGACCCACCUCGGCUUCUCAGGGCAACGCAGAGGUCCCGAUCGACCUCCGGAAGACCAGACGAGGAGGGCAGAUCAUCGGCUACAAGACUCUGUCGUACCCUCUCACCAGGCAGAACGGGAAGAUCCGGUAUGAGUGCAACGUUUGCGGAAAGAUCUUUGGGCAGCUGUCCAACCUCAAGGUUCAUCUGCGAGUUCACAGCGGGGAGCGUCCCUUCGGGUGUCAGACCUGCAACAAGACUUUCACUCAGCUGGCCCACCUGCAGAAACACUACCUGGUUCACACAGGGGAGAAACCACAUGAAUGCAAGGUGUGCCAUAAAAGAUUCAGUAGCACGAGUAACUUGAAGACCCACCAACGGCUGCACUCGGGUGAGAGGCCUUACCAGUGCAAACUCUGCCCGGCCCGCUUCACUCAGUACGUCCACCUCAAGCUCCACAAACGCCUUCACACCGGGGAGCGACCCCACCGCUGUCCCCACUGCCCCUGCGCCUAUCUCCACUACUGCAGCCUCCAGGUGCACCUGCAGGGUUUCUGCUCCCUCUCUCCCUUGGCCUCCCACAGACACUCGCCGGAGGAGCUGCACCGCGUCAACGCCGAGAUCCAGAGGUUCGACCUGAGCGAGGCGGCGGACCAGCUGGAGGCCAUGGCCACAGAGGCCAAGAUGGACAAGGGGAAUGUUAUUGAUCUAAUACAGAAGAUGAAGACUUGCACCUCGGGCCACCAGGGGGACGUGAGAGGGGAGACUGAGCUGAGCCUCUGCCAAUCAGCGGAGGAGUUUUCUGGAGUGCAGAUGCAUCAUGGGAACCAUUUACCUCUGCAUCCAUCCAGCAUCAAGCUGGAGUCAAGCUGCAUAUCAGAGCCCUGAGACUGCCUUGCUAAUCCAGCCAUAUAAUCCUUACAGGUCAACUCAGCAGCUGUCUGUUACUGCCCUAUUUGAAGUAAAGCCUUAUCUCAAUCAUGGAGUCCCAGGCCGAUACUCUACAGAAACUGUAGCACGUGAAGAAUCAAAACUUUAUGGCCUUUUACCCUGUGACUUUAUAGAUUUAAUGUACACUCCUUCCCUAAUUUAUUCUGUUACUACUAUGAAUCUAAGAUGUAUAAAAAGACAGAU